CGCACGUGCGCGAAUGGCACGUGGCAUGCUUUGUUCUCUUUGUGCAAUUAAAGGUUAUGGUAGUAACCUCUACCAGGUGAUGUGCUGAAUAAGGUGUUUUGCUGAACAAGGCGAAGAAGAACAGCUUACACGGCGAAACCAGCAAGGGAUAUGCCUUUGACGUCGACGUUGCACCAUGCCGCGACGAGUACCGAGGUUCCGUUUCAUCGACAGAAGAGUCUUGCUUCGGAACUUAAUCAUUAGCCUGGUCAUAACGCUCGCUUUCAUUGGGACGCUAUCCAUUUAUAUCAAUAUCAAGAGCGGAUCAUUGCGCAAUCUGCCCCAUUUACCAGCAUGGCUCGGUCCGCAACCUGGCAGCAAUUACGUAGGGGACGAUCCUGAACUGAGUGAACUGAUGAGACAGGUGAUGGAAAGACAGAUCUUCCGGAAUGACACUGACCUAGACCACGAGCACGGCGUUGCGUACCGAGCGAACGCACUGAAGCUGCCCUGGUUCAUGAAAGGCGGAACGGUGCGGAUUGACUACGACCGGCUCUCUGGGAGCAUCUGGCCCAUGAAUUCGGACGACGACCGUAUUGUAAAGCAGCUCAUGUAUGUCCCGCCGGGAUACACCUAUGGCGGUGAUACCCCAUUGAAGACAAUAGUGCUACACGGCAGCUGGGACGACUUUCACGAGGGCCGCCACCUCUUCACGCGCGACAAGUGUCCCGUCGACUCCUGCCAAGUGUACGGGGCGAAAUGGAAUAGUGCCGCAGACGCCGUUAUUUUCAAGGAUUUCUUACCGGACGCGGCUGAAAAAGUCCAAGGACAGCUUUGGAUCUUGUAUCUGUUGGAAAGCCCGCUUUAUGGUCUGUCCCCUGUCCAAAAGAAUGCUGUCAACUGGACUGCUACCUACAGAAGGGAUUCCGUGAUAGUGACACCGUACGAGAAAUUUGUGCUCUACCAUCCGAAGGUGAAGCAACUGCCCCUCAAUGGUAGAAACUUCGCGAAGAACAAGACCAAGAUGGUAGCAUGGUUUGUGUCCCAUUGCAGCACGCGCAACAAAAGGAAGGAGUACGCUCAAGAGCUGGCAGAAUACGUACAUGUGGAUGUUUACGGAGAAUGUGGGAAGCUCAAAUGCCGCCGAGGUGAGCCGGAAAAAUGCUUACGAAUGCUCGACAGGGAUUACAAGUUCUACUUGGCCUUCGAGAAUGCUAACUGCAAGGAUUACAUCACAGAGAAGUUUUACAAUGCACUAAGGCACAACGUGGUACCGAUCGUGAUGGGGGCCAGCCCCGAGGAGUACCGGCAGGUUGCUCCCUAUCACUCCUACAUUCACGUGGAAGACUUCGCAACCGCCAAGGAUUUAGCCGAGUACCUAAAACUUCUCGAUCGCAACAGCGAUAUGUACAACGAGUACUUUGCGUGGAAGGGUACCGGGGAGUUCAUCAACACUUUCUUUUGGUGUCGCCUAUGUGCGAUGCUUCACGCUCCUCCACCUGCUCCAGACGGGUGCCUCAUGUAUGAAAACGUUACAGAGUGGUGGACGAACAACGCGUGCCGCGCACCCAAGCGUUUGAAAAGCUAACGACGUCGUCGUCAGAGGACAAUUUUUUUAAAUGUUUGUUGUAUUUAUCUAUUGAGUUGCCAGGGAGACCUUCAGCAUCGUUGACGUUGUCUAAUUCGUCUUAUUCCCAAUUAUAGGUAGUAUAAACAAUAAAGAGGUAUACAAGGUGUU